AGUAGAACAGCCCAACUAAAGUAUUAAUUAUCCAUCCUUUCAUUUUCUUCAAAUGUCUCCAAAACCUUAGACCAAUAAAUUAGCUGUCAAUUUUAUCAUAAUUGCUUGCUCUUUUUGGCUAAUUUGAUGAAAAUCUUCAAUGGGUUUCUUAGUUUUACAUUUUUUAGUAGUUUUAAGUGUUGAUUAAAGUUUUGUUGAUUUUAGAUCUAAAAACAAAAUGACAUCUUUUGGUGGUUUAGGCAUUGGUUUGAGUUUCCUUUUUGGUUGCAUGGUGAUGGUAUUUGCUGCAGAAUUGUACUACUUGUUAUGGGUAAGAAAAAGAUUUUCAAAAACUAAUUGUUUAACCAAAAUUGGCACUCAAGAAGUUACAAGAAAUCAAGAAGAUCAAGAUUUGGAGUUAGGUGCAUCAUCAUCAUCGUCAUCGUCAUUGAUAAAAUUGGAAGGAUACAGAGAAGAUAACGAAGAAUCGGAACUUACGAGGCUAUAUAACCUUCGAUUCCUCUCUACAAUUAAAGAGGAAACGAAAGAGGAUUUGGAAUCUGAGGAUGGAAGUAGAAAAUGUUCGAAAAGUAGAAGUUUUAGUGAUAUUGCACUAAUUCUUACUCCUCUAUCUUCACCACCUAUUAAAUCUCAAGAAUUCAGUUUCAAUCCUUUAUUUGAAUCUGAAAUUAAGAGUAUGAAAUCUUCACCUCCACCAAAGUUUAAGUUCUUGAGAGAUGCUGAGGAGAAACUUAUAAGGAGAUUAAUUGAAGAAGCUGAGAAAAGAAAAAAAUCAUCAAAUUCAAUAGUUGUCUCUCUGUGUGACAACCAGGUCAUAGGUUCGAGUUGUGAAAAUAGUCACUUGUACUAAAGUUCAUCCUUCUUGCUCCUGCACCUAGUUCAGCUAAAGGUUUAGAUUUCUGUUUUACAUCUUUUAUCCAUAGCCAAGAGUUAGAAAAAUCUACUUUUGUUUUAACUUUAGUUGAGGUAGAAAAUAUAAACUUUGCUGGUGAACUUUCUGGGUUCUUUAUUUCAUUUUGUUUUA